AUGAAUAGCUUAGGAUUGAAUUUAAUUUUAAAAAUGGGCUGUCUUUGCUCAAAAGAAACAAUUGCUGUUAACGAUAAGAAAUAUCGUGUUUUAGAACAUCUUGCUGAUGGAGGUUUCAGUUCCGUUUAUUUAGUAGAGGAUUCUAUGACUCGUAAAAAAUAUGCAUUAAAGAAAAUAAUAUGUCAUAGUUCUGAAGAUCAGCAAAUAGCUGCUAAAGAAAUUGAAUAUCAUACAAUAUUGAAGCAUGUAAAUAUUAUUGAAUGCAUUGAUUCAACGUCCAAGGGAGCUGCCGAUCCCGUUAUUAAUGCAACAAGUCAAGUUCUACUUGUUUUGCCGUAUUAUCAUAAAGGAACGCUAGCUUAUGAACUAGAAAAAAGAGCGAAGACAAAUAAUUAUUUCAGCCCACUAGAUGUAUUACUUAUUUUUCAACAAAUAUGUGAAGGUGUAAAAGUAUUUCAUGAUAUCAAACCAGAACCUCUUGCCCAUCGAGAUUUAAAGACUGCUAAUAUUUUACUCGAUGAUGCAUUAAAUCCUAUUAUUAUGGAUUUAGGAUCGGUUGCCCAAGCCAGAGUUAAAGUGUGUGGUACUCAAGAGGCUCAAACUUUACAAGAUAUCGCUGCCGAACGAUGUUCAAUGCCGUACAGAGCGCCAGAAUUAUUCAAUGUUGAGAGUUAUUGUAUGAUUGAUGAGCGUACGGAUAUUUGGUCACUUGGAUGUAUUCUGUAUGCUUUAUGUUACUUCAAGAGCCCAUUUGAAGCAGUUUAUGAAAAAGGCGACAGUGUCGCUCUUGCUGUGAUAAGCUGUAAUAUAACUUUUCCGGAAAAUGCACCGUAUAAUGAGGAUAUUCAAAAUUUAAUUCAAUCAAUGUUAAAAACAAAUCCAAUGGAGAGACCAUACAUUUAUAGUGUGUUAGAAAAUGUUCACGACGUUAUCACUAAGAUAGAAGGACGUAUUUGA